CCAGGACAGAAGCGGUGGCCUUGAAUAGAGCAAUGCACAGUCCCUCUGUGAGAUUGUGGAGCUGUGCCCGGACUGUAACACCAGGCUAAUGCCAGCUGGUAGUCCCUGCAACACAAGAGCUAUGUGGCAGGUGAAGGAUAUUUGAGGGGGCAGAAACUAAGCUGUGGGGAAGUCUUGUCUGGUGAAGGGCUCGGCACGUAGGGCCCUGCAUUCUGCCAUGAAGAAACACAAUCCCAGCUGGAUUUAGGAAGGCAGGAUGGUAUCGUCCCAGCUAGACACUGCGCAGGCACACAGAGGGUUAGUGCUCCGGUCCUGGAUAAAAAAAAUCGGAGGCGUUCACCAACUUGGAAGAUCAUGGGACCGUGGAGUUUUAUGAUUUGUCUGAUGUUACGCAGAGGCACCAGCACGCCAAUAGGCAGAGCCUUUGCUCAACAAAGCCCGGUAUAAACACCCCCCCUGACGUCAGAACGGGGUGCAGUCACCGAAGAGAAGAGGAUCCAAGCAGGCAGAAAGCCCUGAGAGAUCUCUUCCUUCUGCAAACUGAACAUCCCCUGCCUCUGGCCCACCUGCCAUGGCUCCAGCAAGCUGCAGACUGAGAGAGGAGUGCCCAGAAUGUGCCAUCACAGCUGGGGCACGGUCUCUGGUGUCUCUUGCUGAAUGCCUGAAGCGUGCCCCAGGGGGAACAGGAGUGCCUCAGGACAUGCAAAGACAUAUUGUCUGUGCCUCCGAGAAGCUGCAGACCACAGAGAAGAAGUCCAAAGAGCACCUGGAUACCUUGAAAGCCCAGAACAAGGAGCUACUGCUCCAGAUGAAAAGGCUGGAGGAUGAAAAGAGGAAGAAGGAAACAAACAUCAGUCAGCUGAACAUCAAGUUGGCAUCGGCUGAGAGGACAAUGGAGAAAGCCCAGAGCAUGGUGGACACAGCUGAGCAGCACCUUUACAAACUUAGGGAGCAGCUGAGGAAAGUGAAGCAGAAGGAGAAAUGUGAGACAAUCCUAAGGAACAUCAUCCUGGGGGUCUUGCUUAUUUACACUGUCAUCGUUUCCAUAGAAUACAUUAGAGAUGCCCUCAAACUGAGCCGGGAGAACCAGUCCGCCAUCUCACUGAGCGUCUUGGCUGCGAUUUGUCAGGCAUCUCUGUACAUGACUCAGAAAGCGGUGCAGGAGCUGGAGGCAUCCAUCCGUCGCUCAGAAGACAAGGCGUCUGAAUUCAAACAGGAAGUUUAUGCCUACAAGAAGCAGAAUGAAGAAAUCAGAGAGAAGAUCAACGAAGACAACAGCGCCCAUCAGAGAAUCAGUGAAGAGAUGGACCGUGGAAGAGAUAAGCUUUUGGAGGUGAACAAGGAAGAAGAAGAGGUGAGAAGAUACCACAGCCCCCUGAAUCGGCUGGUUAAGAUGGUCAACAGCAUCAAGAAUGUCUCAGACCAUGAUGAUAUCUGGGACAUUUUGAAAAUGGUUUCACAGUCCUUGAUGCAGCUGGGAAAGGAAGGAGCCACAAACUUCGGGUGCUCUGCUGAAGAAGAAAAAAACAACCAGGUGAGAAGGUUAAAAGGCAUCAUGGACAGUCCUUGGUAGGUGAUAGCCAUAGGGCCAGGCCUGCAAAUGCAAGGGGAAGUCACGCAAGCAUUCCAACAGCAUGAUUCCUGGAAGUCUUUCAAGGUCAAGGUCUAGGAUUGUCAGAAGAAAAGAACUAAAGUAUCAGACCAUGGUCUUGAACCUGGAGGCCUUCAGUUUAUUCAGCACAGCCACUUCUCCUAAUCUGCCACCUCCUCAGCUGAACUUCUGUGUAGACACAGGUGGUCAGAACCUGAUAUCUUAACCUAGCGCCCUGCCCACUCCCUGCAAGUGGUGUUGCCAACCAGGGUCAGCCAACUCUAUCCCCCUUUCUAUAAAAACCCCUGACCCAGAAGUGGAAGUGCCUCAGCAAAAGGUUCAAUCUUGUGUUCAGGCUGUCUCACUUCUGGGUUGUGCUUCUACUUGCUCUGAUGGAUUUCCCAAACACCCAACCCAACAUGUCCAUGGCCCCUGGGUUUGGCAUGACCCUUUGGCUCCCUAGCCCAACUCUGUUUUGGUCUCCCUGGCUGGUCUCCUGACCCCAUGCUCUUCCCAACUCUCUGCAUCUCUGAUUCAGUUCCCCAGAGAGAGCUUCUGGCUCCCCUACAUGAACUGUGCACAUUCCCCUCAGAUCUUAGUUGCUUCUUCUGACCCUGGGUGACCCUCAGACCUGUCUCCCCAUGACCCAGCAUGACAGAAAGACCUGAAAACCUCAUCCACCAGGGGGUUCUCAUUGCCAUCAAGAGAAGAUAAACAGUCCACCAGAUACAUAAGCAUCAUAGAGAAAUAGGGCUAGAAGGGCACUAGGGGGUCCUCUAGGCCAGUGUUUCUCAGCCCGUGGGUUGUGACCCAAAAGUGGAUCACAAGAAUAUUUGAAAGGGUCAUGAGCAAGUCCCAUAAAGAUGUAGGAAAGCAUGGGUUUCCCCUUGCAGGCUUAUAGCAUUCCAGCCUGCAAGGAGCUGCUUCGGGCAAAUUGGAGGCAGUGGGCACAUGUCCAUCUGUGCAUACCCCGCCCCCGCCCCACACACACACACACACACACACACACACACACACACACACACAC